GAGAGGAGGGCAAGGGAAGAGUCAAUGGCAGAGCUCUGGGAAGUGCAGUCACUGCUUUAGAGGGGUGGCUAUUGCCCGAAGGAGCUCAGAGCUGCUCCCGCCCACCUCAAUGCUUAUCACCAGCUGAUCCCCAGGUCACAUGCUGGACGCCAGAGCUCUGUCACUCUCUCUGCCCUGAUCUUUCCAAGCACCAGUCCCUGCAGCUCAGCCAUGGCCAAGGCAACUCCGCGCACUGUGCUUAUCACCGGCUGCUCCUCGGGCAUCGGGCUGCGCAUGGCUGUGAUGCUGGCGCAGGAUCCUGGCAAGCGAUUUCACGUCAUUGCCACCAUGCGUGACCUGCGCAAGAAAGACAAACUAGAGGCAGCUGCAGGGGACACACUCAACAAGACCCUCACCAUCCAGCGCCUUGACGUCUGCAGCGAUGAGUCUGUAACUGAAUGUAUCAACAGCCUUCCUGGGAAACAGCUGGAUGUGCUCGUGAACAAUGCUGGUGUGGGACUUGUGGGCCCCGUGGAGUCCAUUUCCAUUGAUGACAUGAAGCGGGUCUUUGAGACCAACUUUUUUGGAGCCAUUCGCAUGAUCAAAGCUGUUCUCCCUGAGAUGAAGAAGCGGCAGAAGGGGCACAUUGUUGUCAUCAGCAGUGUCAUGGGGUUACAAGGUGUUCCCUUCAAUGAUGUCUAUGCUGCCUCCAAGUUUGCAAUGGAAGGUUUCUGUGAAAGCCUGGCUGUGCAACUCCUCAAAUUCAAUAUCUUUGUAUCUAUGGUGGAGCCCGGCCCAGUGAACACAGAAUUUGAGAUGAAGCUGAUGGAGGAAGUGGCACGUUCUGAGUUCCCAGGAGCCGAUGCUACCACAGUGCGUUACUUCAAGGAGAUCUAUUUGCCAGCUUCGCAUGAGAUAUUCUCCACCAUGGGCCAGACUCCUGAGUCGGUGGCUAAGGCUGUGGUGAAUGUCAUUGCAAAGGAGCGUCCACCCUUCCGGACACAGACAAAUACACUAUACACCCCACUGGUAGCCCUGAAAUAUGCUGACACCUCGGGGGACCUCUCUGUCGGCACCUAUUACAACCUGCUUUUCCGCUUCACUGGCCUCUUCCACCUCAGCAUGAGUUUCCUCAAAUGCAUCACAUGCAGCUGUUUCCGGCGCCGGGUCACACCUGCCUGAGGAGAUGGCCACUGGGUAAUGGCAUAGCUGCACCUCCAUGCAGUGCCCUGCUUUGGAUGAUCAAGGUUCAAGUAGAAGUACAUGAGAUGUUUUGCCCACAAAUCAGCGCCCACCCUGGUUUGAAAGUUACAGGCUUCCUGGAGACAUUGCAGAUGAGGAGCAGUGGAAAGGAGAGGAGGCCAUAAACUUGUUCAAGGUGUGGGUAUCAGUGGGCACGCCUCCUGAGCCAGGUGACAGAUUCCCCACCCUUGCCCUGUGCAAGAUCAAGGCCAAGCAUUUCAAGUUAAUGGCACUAGAAUGGGUAUGCAUGGCUGAGAUGAUCAGACUAUAAAACUAGAAA